AUGUCAUGGCUAUUUAAAAAAGUUGACUUUGGGGGAGAAUUAGACCGGUUAGAAGAACAAUUAGAUGAAGUGCAAUACAAGAUUGAAACUUUGAAAGAAAAGAAAGAACAUAUCCGAUUUCGAUACUCCAUUUUUUCUUUUCUAAUUUACACAAUAACCGUUGCCUUAUAUGCAUAUCGCUCAUCUCUUUUUGUCGGCCAUCCUAUACUUUCGAUCUCUGUAUGGAUCGUCCUGUAUUUAUUGGGUGCUGGAUUACAUGGUAUAGCUUGGUUUUAUGAGCGACGCCUGCGGUCUACGAAAUUGCGGCGACGAAAGUUCCAGGAGGAGAAACGACAAAUUCUGGACGCUUUGAAAAGUCGAAAGGAAUAUUUCGAAACACAGGCCCUCUUAGAGAAGUAUGGUGAGCAGUCCCCGCGAUCAAGAAAACAAGGGACUGAUCUUGGAAAGCGUAAGGGAAAGAAUAGAUCUGGUGAACAAGAUGAAUUCCCUCCUGCUGUCCUUCCAUCGUCGUUGAACGACGCGCAAUCUCAACAUUGGUAUGACAAAGUUUUGGAAGGUCUUGUAGGAGCAGAUGAAAGGGAAGAGAAAAACCGGGAAGCUUUGAUUUGUCAGCAUUGUUACCGACACAACGGGCUUGCUUCUGUGGGUGAACGAGCAAAAUUUGUACGUUAUGUUUGCAUGUACUGCAAAUCAUGGAAUGGUCCUUCCGUGGACUCAGAUCGCGCCUCCUUAAGUUCCUUAACGCCAAGAAGAUCCAAGUCUACUUCAUCGUCAAGUAGGUUGUCCGAGUCUCUUCCCGUAGAUACAACACCUGUACCUGAGACGAAGCAUCAUCCUGGUGACUUGCCUCUCUUAACAUCGGAUGUUUCUCCUACACCCAUCCCCUUUUCUGCGUUUUCUUAUCGGAAAAGUCUUGUACCCCCUAGUCCUCCAACAUCUGCAGCUGCCAUAGGUGCGACAGACACAGACUAUCCAGACGUGUCUGUUGAUAGUAUCUACGAUUCCUUUCAUACGGUAGCCAAUGAUGCACCCGGUGUACUUAGCCCUGUUCAGAACCGAUGA